AUGGCUGCCGCGACCUCCAGGUCGCUGCUGCCACCAGCAUUGCGCUGCGGCUCACCCUCAGCCCCAGCCACACUCGCGGCAACCGAACCAGUUCACAGACUAGGAUGCCUCAAGAGCCGCCCACUUUCGGUUCCCGCUCCCGCGCGCACAUGCCUUUUCACGUCUCUCCGUCUUCCUCCUUCCCCCAUUGCUGCGAUUGGCAACACCAAAUCCGCCGACGACGCGGACUAUGGAAAAGCUAAAGAAACCGCCGUCGCAGGCCAUUUUAUAAAGUCUGUUAUCAUUGCGACGGCGCCGCUUGGCGCGCUCCUGCUGACAUCCGGCCCUGCGUCCGCGUUUUCCGGCAGCCAUGCGUACGGUGGUCUUGGCCAAGGCGAACUAGGCUGGUCUGAGUCGCUCCCGACCAAUGCUGGAGGAGGUGGAGGAGGCGGCGGCGGACAAGGCGGCAGCGGCGGCGGCGGCGGCGGAGGCGGGAGUGGUGGUCCAGGUGGAUCACAACGGCCUGGAACCGACUACUCCAAAGACCUGAAUGAUGAUGAUGAUGAUGAUGUGGACGAGGCAGACAACCCGGACGGCAUUUCCGAACCAGUGAGCCGAGUCGACAAGAGCGGUAGCGCCGUUCGCGCCGCCUCUGCAGAUGCCGUUGCGAGGGAUGCUUCUGGCGGCAAAGCGUCACAGGAAGGCCGCGAAGCGGCGUGGCGAGAGUUCCCGAAGCGCCGAUCCAGCAGCCGCCGACGUCACGGCGCAAGCGGGAACGGCGGCGCCGGUGCCACGCUGCUGAACUCUUAUCCCCCGGACGUGCUCUUCGCGUCGCUCUCCGCCGUCGCCGGCUCCGCCGGCCGCGCCGGCGCCGGCGGCGACGACAGCGCUACCGCGGCCAGCGCCGGAGGGGGAGGCAGCAGCUCUGCGGGCGGCUUGAGCAGCGGAACGAUCAGCAGCAGGCGGAGGCGGCCGGACGACGAGCGCAUGCGUCGCGCGGACGGCAUGUUUGAUUGGAUGGCGGGGCUGCUGCACUCGAUGCUCGCGUCGCGCCUCGACGGCAUGCAAGACCGCGUGGACCGGCAAGCGCUGAUGGCGGAGACGGCGGACCUCGUCGUGCAGAUACUCGACAAGCGUUCCGCGGACGACGCCUUUGCGCACCGGUCGGAAGUAAGCGCGCUCCGCCGGCUGCAGCGCGAGGCGUUUCAGGACCUUCUGCGCGUGAAGGACCGCCUCCACCGCCUCGAGUUCCUCUCCGGAGUGCGCCAGUCCCCCGACAGCCGCUCCCCGCGCCCCUCCGCGGGGUCCGUGUAUUCCGCCUCCGCCGCAGCCUUCGGCGCGACCGCGGGCGCGUUUGGCACGGGAAUUGCGGGGAUCGGCGAGGAGAGCGGCGUGUGGGGCGGGCUUGGUACGGGCGCGGGGAGCGUGCUGGGCGGAGCGGGGCGGACUCGCCUGCACGGGGAGAUCGCGGCGGGCGGAGCGUUCGUUCCGACGGAGGGCGCGCGCAGCCACAGCACGCGCGCGGCGCUAGAACAGGCGGGCAUGCGAUCGGGACUGACGGUGAAGUUCAGAUUCGAUACGACCUGCCGCGACGACGAUCUCCUGUCGACUGAGCUGACGGCCGGCCUAGGAGAGGACAGCAGCAGCUUUAUGCUGGGCGGCCCUGUUAACAUUCAUAAGAUCCUCUACAGUACUAAGUUAUGCGACGGCGUGCAGCUCGCCGUGGCGCCUUUAGGAGCCGUUGGGUCGGACAUGGCGGAAGGCAUGAAUCCUCUCAAGGACCAGGGCCUCACGCGCUUCUCGUCCGGCGGAAUUUCCCUGCACCGCCGCGCAAGGGGCUCCGCGCUCGCGUUCUCGCUGCGCAACUCCGCCGCCUCGUUCACCGCCGCGCAGUUCCUCUCCGGCUGGGGCGUUUCGCAGGACCCCGAGGGGGAAUCCGCGGGGCUCUGCGCGUCGUCGCUGGCGCAACUAUCCCUCCAGCCUCAGGACAACGUCGUUCUCUCCAUGUCCGCGCUCAACCGCCUCUGGCCCUCCCCGCCGCUUCCCUCCGCCACGGGGCUGCACUGGAGUGAGAUGGGCCCGCUCGUGGUGCCGAAGCUGCUGCCGUGGCUCGGCAAGCUGAAGAAGGCAGGCUCGGGGCGAAGCGCGGGGAGCGGGGACGGGAGCUCUGGGAUGGGCGGAGCGGAGAGCAGCAGCGGGGUGGUGGGGCAGGAGCUGUGGCUUCCGCCGGAUCAGGAGCCCGCGACUAUGGUGCAGUCGGUGGCGGUGUCGGGCGCGGUGCAGCUCGGUGCGGCGACUAUUGCGGCAUGGGCGCAGGCGGAGAACGGGGACUGCUUGGACGAGGACGCGCGGAGGAAGCUGCAGUGGUCCGUGUCUCUGUUGAUGCAGGGGAAGGGCAGGGCGGAGGACGAGGGUGGGAAUGGCGGCACUGGCGGAAGCAGUGCGAACGGGACAGGCGGAAAAGCCGGUGGGGGGAAGGGUAAGAAGGGGAAAUGGACGGACAGGAUUUCGCUGGGGGCGUGCAUCGGGGGCACGCAGCCAGAUGCGUUUUUUCUGGGAGGCGGGGCGGAGUCCAGCAGCACGGGGAUGGUGGGGGGGGAGAGCGGGGAGGGGAACGAGGGGGGCGCGGCGGGCGCGGGGCAGGUGCAGGCGGAGGCGUUUAUGCGGGUGAAGUGCGGGAGAGGGCUGGUGCUGCAGCCGGGGGUGGUGGUGGCGCAGAAUGAGAGGACUGGGCGGCACACUGCGUUCAUGCUUAGAGCGGGCCCCGUGCCGCUAUACUCUUACGGGUUACGUGACACGUGGCAGCGCGAGAGCGGUCGUCGCACGCCGCUCUCAUUCGCUCGCGCAGCAGGUGGCUCGCACGCCCUAGUGUCGCGUCUUGCCCUGGCGUCAGUCCUCGCUUCACACCGAGGCUGUGUCAACACCGUCGCCUUCACCCCAUCAGGGUCCCAUCUCCUCUCGGGCUCAGACGACCAGCGCAUUGUGCUCUGGGACUGGGCGGCGGCCAGGGAGGUGCUCAAGUGGCGCUCGGGCCAUGGCAACAACGUGUUCCAGGCGCGCGCCCUGCCCUGCGGGAACGACCGGACCAUCGUCACUUGCGCCGCUGAUGGCCAGGUGCGGGUGAGUCUGCUGUCGGAGAGUGCAGCAGUGGGCACGGUGCGCUUGGCGAGGCACAGGGGGCGAGCACACAAGCUGGCCGUGCUGCCGCACUCGCCACUAUGCUUCCUCAGCUGCGGGGAGGAUGGGGUCGUGCGACACUUCGACCUACGAGCCCCAAAGCCAAGCACGCGAGUCCUAACGGUGACCACCACACCUGCCAUGCGAGCACGGCAGCCGCUGCCGCUCAACGCUGUUGCGCACAAUCCCGCCCGCCCGCACCUCUUUGCUGUGGGUGGAGCGGACGAGUUUGCCCGUGUCUUCGACUUGAGGAGGUGCAUCGCCCGUCGUGCCGCUCCCACCCCUGCCGCUUGCUCCUGCCCCUCGCCCGUGGAAACAUAUGCCCCCCCGCACCUCAUCAACACAAACCGCGAUCGCCUGCGCCCGCCUGUGCACAUCACAUGUGUGGCCUACUCGCCACACGACGAGCUGCUCGCCUCGUACAACGACGAGCUCAUCUACCUCUUCCACCCACACCACUCCCUCGGCCCUGACCCCCUCUCCAUGCCCACUGCCACUCGCACCACUGGCUUCCGGGCUUUAAGUACUGCCACCAGCAGCAGCGGCCGCAACCGAAGCAGCGGCCAUGGUGGUGGGGAUGGCAGGGGCAGCAGCAGGAGGCGGUUUGUGAGCAGCCUUGGGGGGGAUUGGAGUGUUGGAGGCAGGGGCAGCAGAGGGCGAAGUAUUAGUGGGGAUGGGAGGUUGGGCGGUGGGGAGGAAGGUUGCAGCGGCAGUGGUGGUGCUGCGGCUGCUGCGUCUUCUCCUGCUAUGCCUGCUGGUGGUUCGAGCGAAACUCAACCUCCUCCUCCUCGCCGUCUUUCCUGGCUGCAACGUACGAAGGAAGGAGGUGAGGAGAUGGAGGAGAGCGAUGAGAGAGAGAGGGACAAGGGUGAGAGGGACGAGGGGGGGAGGUGGGGCGAGCAGAUGCAGGAGGCUCAAGGAAAGAUAGGGUACGGGCAGGCGGGCAGGGAAGGGCAAGGGGUAGCACACGUGGCAGAAAACGAUGAGGAGGAAGGGGAGGGGGAAGGGGAGGAGGAAGAGGAAGAGGAAGAGGAGGAAGCAGCGGGUGCGUAUGGGGACAGGAUAGAGGUGUACUCAGGGCACCGCAACGAGAAGACGGUGAAGGGCGUGUCGUUCUUUGGGCCGCGCUGCGAGUACGUGGCGAGUGGGUCGGACUGUGGACAUGUGUUCCUGUGGAGGAAGGUCGGCGCACAGCUCGUCGCCAUGAUGCCUGGCGACGUGCAUGUGGUCAAUUGUCUAGAGCCCCACCCAUCAGCCACCAUACUCGCCACCAGCGGCAUCGAAUCAACGGUCAAGAUCUGGGCUCCCACGGCUACAUCCCCCAAGGGCCUGCCAUCCAACGCACAGAGCGUCAUGGAGGCAAACAAGCGGCGGCGCGAGCAGCCCUUUGGCGUGCCCAGAAUGGCUGCCGAUGUGGAGAUCCCGAGGUUGCGCCUGCAGUGCCAGCACGCCCAGCUGAUGGGGCAGGACCGGGUGGCAACUUUUGGCAGCUUGCUGGCGCUUGCUGCUGCUGUGGGGAGGCGGGGGGAGAGGAGGGGGGGAGGAGAGGGAGGGGGGAGGGAAGUAGGGAGGGAAGGGGGGAGGCGGGGGAGGGAGGGUGAAGUGGUGGAUGAGGGGAGGGAAGGGGAGGGUGCGAGGAGUAGGAGGAGGGUUACGAGUAACGGAGGUGGUGGUGGUGGUGGUGAUCAAGCGCGCAGGCUCAUGGCGGCGUGCAUGGCGGCGCCGGCGGUCGUUUUCGCGGUUCGGCUCGCCCUCACGGACGACGUGCGCGACCCGUUCCGCAUGUACCGCAAGCUCGAGUCCCCCUCCGCGGAUGCUGGCGCGGGCGCUGCGCCUCCUAGCUCCGCGCACAGCCUAGAAACAGCAGGCGGAGGCAGAGGGACGGGAAGCUCUUAG